AUGGAACACGUGAGGAAAUUGCUGCCAGUUUUAAGCAACAAUCUACGAAAGGGAUCCUGUGGAAAGAUUGCUGUGAUUGGCGGUUCCAUCGAAUAUACAGGAGCACCAUUUUUUGCGGCUAUCUCUGCAUUGAGGCUGGGAGCUGACUUGGUCCACGUGAUGUGCGCCCCUGAGGCAGCACCAGUUAUUAAAGGAUUUUCACCUGAACUGAUUGUCCAUCCAGGUCUUGAGCCGGAAAAUGUCAUACCAAAGCUGGAGAGGAUGGAUGCAAUCGUUUUGGGACCUGGUUUAGGACGUAAUCCGCGUGUAACACCUUUAUUUGAAAAUGUGCUGGAUUUUGUAAAGAAGACAGAAGUUCCUUUUGUGGUGGAUGCUGACGGCUUAUGGUUUCUGAGCGAGGCUCUUCGCGAAGGUGUCCCUCCCCUACCUUCCGCAAUUCUCACUCCAAAUAUUGUCGAGUUUUCGAGAUUAUGCGAAUCUGCUUUCGGGAUAAGCAAUGUUUUGGGAAUAAAGGAUCAGACCGAAUUGCAAGACUUGGCAUCGCGUUUGAGCAGACAUCUGGGUGCUUCUUUGUUUGUAAAAGGAAGGGUGGACAUUAUUACAAAUCCAGAUGGGAAGGUGACGCUCGGCGAUGAUGAAGGUUGUCCAAGAAGAUGUGGAGGACAAGGUGAUGUGUCGAGUGGAACUCUCGCUAUGUUUCUCCUGUGGGCGACAAGAAUGUCCUCCUCAAACGAAGCGAAGAAUGCAGCCGGUCUAGCGUGUAGUCAGCUGGUUCGUCGUUGUGCGAAAUUAGCCUAUGCAAGAGUUGGUAGAUCAAUGAUCACUAGCGACUUAAUUGACGAAAUUCCUGGAGUUCUUCGCGAUCUGGAUAGAGAGAAACAUGGAGGCGGAUAA